UUUAAUUUUGACAUUAUCAGGUUUCGAAGUUCAUUUCAUUGAAUUAGGUACCUACCAGAGAAUUCCAUUUAACUUUUAUUUUAAUUUCUUAACAUUGAAAAAAUGUCCUUCUUUGUUAAGCAAUGUAUUCGACGAGUUCUCACACCGGCCGUAUCCAUAACAAAAAAUAGUUUUUCCACAACUAGUGCAGCAUUCGUCCCAAGGGUACAGAAGCCUGCACCUGAUUUUGCCGCCACAGCUGUAGUAAAUGGAGAAUUCAAUCAAUUGAAACUAGCAGAUUUCUCUGGAAAAUAUGUUGUACUCGUCUUCUACCCAUUAGAUUUCACCUUUGUCUGCCCUACAGAGCUUAUUGCAUACAGUGACAGAUCAAAAGAUUUUGCAAGCAUUGACUGUCAAGUGAUUGGUGUUUCAACAGACUCUGAAUUCAGCCAUCUUGCCUGGGUCAAUACACCCAGGAAAGAUGGAGGUCUUGGCAAAUUGGAUAUUCCUCUACUGGCCGAUUACAAGAAGAAAAUCUCACAGGACUAUGAUGUUUUAUUGGAAGAUGGAUUUGCAUUAAGAGGCCUAUUCAUCAUUGAUAGGAAUGGUAUCUUGCGACACAUGUCGGUCAAUGACCUGCCAGUAGGACGUUCCGUUGAGGAAACAUUGAGAUUGGUGAAAGCUUUCCAGUUUGCUGAUAAACAUGGAGAAGUGUGCCCCGCUAACUGGAACCCAGAUAGCAACGCGGAUACAAUCAAACCUAAUCCUAAGGAGAGCAAGGAAUACUUCCAGAAAGCGAACUAGUUUAGUCAGGCAGUGAAUCAGACAGUCAGUCUGUCAGUCUGUCAGUCUAUCCGUCUCUCAGUGGAUAUAGUAGCCUUUAAAAAUGCCUUAUAACAGGCAACACUUCCAACUUUGACAGUCUAAUAGGGUUGCCAUUUAAAAUGUUUAAGCUAAUUAAGAAAAAAUAUAUAAAAUGUUAUUGACAGGAAAUGACGUCAUUAAUGACGUCACAGAUAAGAAAUAAACGACAUUAUACACAUUUUUAAUCAACUUUCAGAAGCAAUUUGUAAUUGUAUCCAUACGGGAAUUAGACUGUCAUUAGUAAUCAAAUUAAAUAUCGAAUUAUAUAACACAAUUGUAAACAAUUGAAUGUGUAGCAAUAAAAACAUAUAGUGCAUUUUAAUUUGCAUGU